AUGGCUGGCCUCUUUCAACUGUUCACUCUGAAGUGCAGCCCACCCAAUGACCCCCAAGACAUCUCAUUCGACGGCAAAGUGGUGCUCUUGACUGGCGCCACCUCAGGUGUAGGGUUCGAGGCUGCUCUCAAGAUCUUGGAUCUGGGCGCCGAGAAACUCAUCAUUGGAGCCCGCAGUGUCGAACGAGGCAAGGCAGUCAAGAUGAGACUCGAGAGGGCCACCGGUCGACCCAACGCCGUGAAGAUUUGGGAGCUUGAAAUGAGCUCUUUCCGCAGCGUCAAGAGUUUCGUUGAUCGGGUGAACAAUGAGCUCAACCGCCUCGACAUUGUCAUCCUCAACGCCGGUAUCUGGAACUCUGCAUACCAUCAAUCCCCCGAGGGCUGGGAGGAGACCCUUCAGGUCAAUACACUGUCCACCUCCAUGCUGGCUCUACUCUUGAUCCCCAAGCUCCGGAAGAGCGCCACAGCCACCGAUCCCGCUCACCUCAGCGUCGUCACCAGCCAGAAAUUUGUCCGGGUCAAAGCUCACACUCUGCAAACUGAUGACCUCCUGUUGCCGUUUCUCAACCAUUCUGUGAAUUUCAAAGGUGCCAAGCAGUACGGAAUUUCAAAGCUGUUGCUUGAGUUUGUGGUUAAGAAAAUCGCCGGACUCUCACGCAACGAAGAUGGCUCUCAUCCCCUCAUUGUCAACACUGUCAGCCCUGGCUUUUGCAUCUCGAGUUUGGGUCGUCAGUACAACCAGUGGUACGAGAGGUGCGUUCGAUGGGUGUUCUCCAAGUUAUUUGCCCGGACUGCCGAGGAAGGAAGUCGUUCGUUGGUCAGUGCUACGGUUCAGGGCGUGGAGUCUCAGGGAAGGUGCUGGCACAGCGAUACAUACCUCGAUGAAUCCGGUGCUUUGACUACGGGCCCCAAUGCCGAGGAUCUCCAGGAGAAGGUCUGGACCGAGAUCAUUGCUGUGCUGGAGGAGGAGGCCCCUGAGGUUUCCAUCAUCGCUCGUGGUGUUUACCAGGGAGUUUAG